UCUAGGGUGAUAAAUUUGGUUCCGUCGACUCUCCGCGCAAUUGCAACGGACAGAUUGACACAACUUCAAGUUAUCGUCUACUCGGUCACGACUGCAGCCAGGAGGCAGAGUACAGCGUUGACACGAUGCUGCCAUUAGCGCUUCUGACGGCUGCGCAGGGCAAGCCAAUGCUUGUGGAACUGAAGAAUGGUGUGACAUUCAAUGGACAUCUGGUGGAAUGUGAUAAUUUCAUGAAUGUCACGUUGAGAGAAGUGUAUCAAACAUCAGCGGAUGGCGAGAAGUUUUGGAAAAUGAAGGAGAUGUUUGUCAAGGGGAACAUGAUCAAAUACUUCAGGAUAGCAGACUCGAUAUUGGAUACAGCGAUGGAGGAGCAGGAAAGAGCGAGACAAUCCGGACGGUCAAGAGGAGGUGGAAGGGGAGGUCGAGGAGGACCACCGUCGAGAGGAGCUCGAGGUGGUGGGCCUGGACGCGGUGGACCACCAGGAGGUGGAAGGGGUGGAGGACCAGGUAGAGGUGGUCCCGGUGGAGGCAGGGGUGGUCCCGGUGGAAGAGGAAGAGGUGCUGCUCGGUGAUCAGAAGCCGCAGAGCAUCCAGGCCUGGCAGCAACGACUGGAUAGGCAUUCCAUUCGACGAUCUACUCGCUGUCAUUAGUUAUGCAGACAGCUCUCGACAGG